UUUUCCGCGGUUUAUUUCGAUUUCGUCGUCGCUGCUGCGAUUCGAGUAAAACCCUCGCAAAAGCUCUGCUGAUCUUCGAUUUUCCCCCAAAUUCCAUUCGGGAAAUGCAGCUAUAAUACCGAAUUUCAUUGAGGUGGCUUCCUUUUCAAUGAAUUGCUCUUCAGAAGAUUCAGAUAUCAGUGAUUCGGAGAUUGACCAUCAUGAAGACAAAUGUUAUUUGAAUUUGCAAAAUAAGAAGUAUGUAGUGGAAAAUGCAAACCAGACAUAUAGGUGCCCCUUUUGUUCAGGUAAGAAAAAACAAGAGUACCAAUACAAGGAUUUACUUCAGCAUGCUACAGCACUGGGCGCAUCAAAUCGGAAGGGAAAAGUGAAGGCAUAUCAUAGAGCCAUAGUUAAGUUCUUGAAGAAUGAUCUUACUGAGACAGGUGGCUCUUCUUCGCAGCUAAUGGUUAUAGAAGAAGGGUCUAUUAGACCGGAGCUGGAUGAACAGUUUGUCUUUCCUUGGAUGGGUGUUCUUGUUAAUGUCCCAACUGAGUUUAAGAAUGGGAGACAUGUAGGUGAAAGUGGAACUAGGAUUAGAGAGCAGCUGUCUAGAUUCAAUCCGCUGAAGGUCAUCCCUUUGUGGAAUUUCAGAGGUCAUACAGGAAAUGCUAUAGUCGACUUCAGAAAAGACUGGAGCGGAUUCAAGGAUGCAAUGUCAUUUGAUAAUUAUUUUGAAGCUGAAAAUCGUGGAAAAAGGGAUUGGUAUGAAAGUAAGACCCAUUUGACAGAUAUUUAUGGAUGGAUUGCUCGAUCUGAAGACUACAAUUCAGUGGGUCCCAUUGGUGAUCACUUACGCAAGAAUGGAGAUCUUAAAACUAUAGAUGAGCUUGAGAAGGAAGAAUCUCGUAAAAAAGAUAAACUUGUUGCUAAUCUGGCUAACCAGAUUGAGGAGAAAAAGAGGCACUUGCAGGAACUGGAAUGCAAGUAUAAUGAAACUACUAUGUCCCUUGAUAAAAUGAUGGAGGAAAGGGAUGUGCUACAUCAAGCUUACAAUGAAGAAAUACGAAAGAUGCAACGCCUUGCUCGAGAUCAUUCUCAAAAGGUAUUUGAGGAGAAUGAAAAGUUGCGGUCUGAGCUGGAUAUCAAACGAAAAGAACUUGAUGAGAGAUGCAAACAGCUUGAUCAGCUUGUUGCUCAAAAUGACAUUGAGAAGCAGCGGCUUGAUGAUGAGAAGCAAAAGAAUGCAUUGAAAAACAGUUCACUACAUCUGGCAACGAUGGAACAAAAGAAGGCAGAUGAAAAUGUCUUGAGGCUUGUUGAAGAGCAAAAGAGGGAGAAAGAGGCUGCUCUUAGAAAAAUUCUACAUUUAGAAAGGCAAUUAGAUGCCAAACAGAAACUGGAGCUAGAGAUUCAGCAGUUAAAAGGGAAGUUACAAGUUAUGAAGCAUAUGGGAGGUGAAGAUGAUUCUGGAGUUAGGAAAAAGAUUGAAGAGUUGAGCGAUGAAUUGAAAGAAAAGAUGGAAGAAAUGGAUGCUUUGGAAGACCUGAACAACACUUUGCUUGCAAAGGAGAGAAUCAGCAAUGAUGAACUACAACGGUCUCGCCAAGAAUUGAUUACUGGCCUUAAGGACCUGCAGGAGGCUUCGUGGCCUCAAAGACUAGUUGGAAUAAAACGAAUGGGAGAACUUGAUAACAAGCCUUUUCAGAUCUCAUGCAAGAGAAAGUUUUCGAAAGAUGAGGCAGAUUUUAGGGCAGCAGAACUCUGUUCUAUGUGGCAAGAUGAACUGAAAAACCCAGAGUGGCAUCCUUUUAAAAUCGUCAAUGUUGAUGGGAAGGAUCAGGAAGUCAUACAGGAUGAUGAGAAGUUGCAAAACUUGAAAGAGGAACUUGGUGAGGAAGUCUACAAGGCUGUCACCACAGCGUUGCUAGAGAUAAAUGAGUACAAUCCCAGUGGUAGAUAUGUCAUACCCGAGUUGUGGAAUUUCAGAGCAGGAAGAAAGGCUUCACUGAAAGAAGUUAUACAGUACAUACUGAAGCAGUGGAAGAACUCAAAGCGUAAAAAAUGAGAGUAAAUCACUGGGUUGCUGUCUGGUUGUUACAAGGAAGCAUCAUGCUGUUGUUCAGUUCAGUGUGUUGAGGGUAAUUUCCCUUAAUGUUUGGUUCAUUCAGCCAUUCUCCUGUUUAGGCAAAGUUAGCAGAACUCAUCUGUGUGAAAAUUUUUCCAGCUAAUGUUAGUUUUAGAUGGACAAUGAUAGCAGAACUCAUCUGUGUGAAUUUUUUUCCAGCUAAUGUUAGUUUUAGAUGGAUAAAGCUAGCAGAACUCAUCUGUGUGAAUUUUUCCAGCUAAUGUUAGUUUCAGAUUUUCUCUA